CUAGUGACGUAGUACAUAUAUGUUCGUGAAAAAAAAUUUACGAUGAAAACAUUAAAAAAUGGUAAAUGAAGUGCGAUAAUAGUGAUUCUUGUCAAUAGUAACUUAUUAUAUAAUAAAUAUCUAAACGAUUUUAUAAUCAUCUAAUAUUUCAAAGUAUAAAUAUAACUAUAUUUUAUAACCUACAUUCAAAGUAAAAGUAUUGCUACUAUAAUUAUGUAGGUAGUCAUUAAUAUUUAAGAAAAAUAAAACAGUAUUGUAUUUAAAGUUAUCAAUAAAGAAAAGACAAUGGUUUUAUAUGUACGACAUUUUCUAUCAUCAGUUUUGCAAUCGACGAAAUUUAUAACAAUUCGACAUAUGAAUACUGUCUGUAUGAAUGAUACUGUAAAAUCAUUACUCUAUAAAGAAUAUGGUGAACCAGUGAAUGUAUUACAAAUUAUAAAAGAAACAAUGAAUAAACCAGAUAAAUGUCAGGUUGCAGUAAAGUGGCUGUUAGCACCUGUAAAUCCAGCUGAUAUAAAUACAAUUCAAGGUAAAUAUCCUAGUAAACCUUCCUUGCCAGCUAUUCCAGGAAAUGAAGGUAUUGGAGAAAUAAUAGAUGUUGGUCCCGGAGUAACAAAUUUAUGCAUUGGGGAUAGAGUUAUACCCAAUGGUUCUAAUUUGGGAACAUGGAGAACACAUGGAAUUUAUAAAUCAAGAGAUUUGUUAAAGAUUCCAAAAGAAGUUGGAAUCGUAGAAGCUAGUAUGAUGAAUGUUAAUCCAUGUACUGCAUAUAGAAUGCUUAAAGAUUUUGUAUGUUUACAACCUGGAGAUACUGUUAUACAAAAUGGAGCUAAUUCAGCAGUAGGACAAUUGGUUAUACAAUUAUGUAAAAUAUGGAAUUAUCAAACUGUUAAUGUUGUUAGAGACAGACCAAAUUUACAAGAAUUAAAGGAUCUAUUAAUGUCUAUGGGAGCUGAUGAAGUAUUAACUGAAAGUGAAAUUCGAACGACUGAAAUUUUUAAAAAUAAAAAGUUACCUCAACCAAAAUUAGCACUUAAUUGUAUUUGUGGUCAAAGUGCUACAAACAUUAUGAGACAUCUUGCACAUGGAGGUACAAUGGUUACAUAUGGUGGCAUGUCUAGGGAACCUGUGAUUGUUCCAGCUUCAAUUUUUAUUUUUAAAAACAUAAUUCUAAAAGGAUUUUGGAUGACUGCAUGGACUAAGACAAAUAUGGAAUCAAAAAAACGUCAAGAAAUGUAUGAUGAAUUAACAAUUUUCUUUAGAGAUAAAAAAUUACAAGCUCCACCAUACAAACUUGUACCUUUCUCUCAGUAUCAAGAAGCUAUUGCAAAUGCACUCAAUAUUAGUGGUAAAACUGGAGUAAAAUACAUUUUGGAUAUGACUAAGACUUAAAAUUAGUUAUAAUGAUUUAUAAAGAAUUAUUUAUGCAUUUAGUAUAUUUUCAAUGAUACGAAUAUAUCAUUGAUAUGAAUGUA